AUGGCCCCUUCGGUCGACCAGCAGCAGCCUGCCAAGAUGACGACGAACAACGGCCCCCUCGAUACCCUCGCAAACGUCAAGCAGUCCCUCCUCAACGCCGCCACGCCCCAGAGGAGCGGCACCCACACCCCCGUCGACCACAUCCUCUCCAACAAUGUAGGAUACACGGAUACCGUCUUCGAGGGCAAGGCCGAACAGGCCGCCCAGGUCAAGUCGCUCCUCGCACAGAAGGGCUUCAUCCCGCCCGACCUGGUCAAUGCCGAGGUCGACUGGUUCUACCAGAACCUCGGCAUCGCCGACACCUACUUUGCCCUCGAGAACGUCGAGACGAUCGCCGACCACAUCCUCGCCCUGUUUGGCGCCAAGAUCAUGGCGUACACCAAGCACUCGAACAGCCUCGAGAUUGACCUGGAAAAGGAGUCGGACAACGGCGCCGUCUUUAUCCACUCGAGCCAGGCCGGCAAGAGCCAGGUGGCCGGCCCGCAGUGGGAGAAGCGCAUCGACUCCAACUACCUCGACAAGUCGAGCGUCGACAAGGCAUACCGCCUCGAGACGUACCGCUCCGCCGGCUCCGUGUCGGCGCAGUCCAAGCAGCAGCUGCGGUGCUACUUCCUGGCCAAGUGCAACUUUGUCGAGCCGCGGCCGGCGCCCGGCACGGCCGAGUACGCCCAGAUCCGCGCCGUGUCGGACAAGACGUUCCUCACCAAGGCGAGCGACAAGACGCUCGAGAUCUACCAGGCCAUCAUGGACGAAGUGCUGCGCCGCCAGGGCCCCGUCAUCGAGAUGUUUGAGGUCGAGGGCAGCCGCGAGCGCCGCAUCGUCAUUGGCUACCGCAUGGGCACCACCAACAGCUUCUUCAGCGCCCUCUCGGACCUGUACCACUUCUACGGCCUCUUCUCGUCGCGCAAGUACGUCGAGCAGUUCAGCAACAACGUCACCAUCAUCUCGAUCUACCUCAACCCGCUGCCGGCGUCGAGCAGCCCGCCGAUCGAGCACUCGAUCCACCAGGUGAUGAAGGAGGCCUCGCUCAUCUACGUGCUGCCCGACAACCCCUUCUUCCAGCCCGCCCUGGCCGAGAACACGCACGCGGUCCAGGAGGCCACCUACGCCUACGUCGGCUGGCUCUUCGCCCAGCACUUCUGCAACCGCCUGGGCCAGGCGUACCAGGCGCUGCGCAACCUCCUCGACGAAAACGACUCGCAGCAGGCGGCCAUCCUCAACGAGAUCAAGCUGCGCUUCCGCGAGGAGACGUUCACGCGCCAGUCGAUCCAGGAGGUCAUCGAGAACCACCCGACGCUGAUCCGCCUGCUCUACGUCCACUUUGCCAACACCCAUUACCCGGGCGGCGCCGAGGACCAGGACCUGGUGCCGACGCUGUCGUACCAGCGCCUGGUCAAGGAGGAGGUGCUCGACGACCAGCAGAUGUACGACCGCAUCCGCAAGGCGGCCAGCAACUCGCACGAGCGCCAGGUGCUCGAGGCCUUCCUCUUCUUCAACAAGGCCGUCCUCAAGACCAACUUCUACACGCCCACCAAGGUGGCGCUCAGCUUCCGCCUCGACCCCAACUUCCUGCCCGAGGUCGAGUACCCGGUGCGCCCCUACGGCAUCAUCUUUGUCGUCGGCGCCGAGUUCCGCGGCUUCCACGUCCGCUUCCGCGACGUCGCCCGCGGCGGCAUCCGCAUCGUCCGCAGCAAGAACCGCGAAAACUACAGCAUCAACCAGCGCACCCUCUUUGACGAGAACUACGCGCUCGCCAGCACCCAGCAGCUCAAGAACAAGGAGAUCCCCGAGGGAGGAGCGAAAGGCACGAUCCUGCCCACGCUCGACGCCAACCCGCGCCUGGCGUUUGAGAAGUACGUCGACGCCAUCAUCGACCUGCUCAUCAAGGGCGAGACGCCGGGCGUCAAGGAGCCCAUCGUCGACCUGCUCGGCAAGGAGGAGAUCCUGUUCCUCGGGCCCGACGAGGGCACCGCCGACCUGAUGGACUUCGCCGCCGAGCACGCCCGCUCGCGCGGCGCGCCCUGGUGGAAGUCGUUUACGACGGGCAAGACGGCGAGCACGCUCGGAGGCGUGCCGCACGACGUGUGGGGCAUGACUUCGCUCUCGGUGCGCCAGUACAUUGUCGGCAUCUACCGCACCCUCGGCCUCAAGGAGGCCGAGGUGACCAAGGUGCAGACGGGCGGGCCCGACGGCGACCUGGGCUCCAACGAGAUCCUCCUCUCGACCGACAAGACGGUGGCCAUCAUCGACGGCUCGGGCGUCAUCUACGACCCCAAGGGCCUCGACCGCCCGGAGCUGGUGCGCCUCGCCAAGGCGCGCCGCAUGAUUUCCGAGUUUGACGCGUCCAAGCUGUCGGCCCAGGGCUACCGCGUCCUCGUCGAGCAGAACGACGUCAAGCUGCCCUCGGGCGAGGUCAUCCCGGACGGCGUCGCGUUCCGCAACACGGCCCACCUCCGGUUCAGCGCCGACCUGUUUGUGCCGUGCGGCGGCCGCCCCGAGGCCAUCAACAUCUCCAACGUCGGCCAGCUGUUUGACGCCGAGGGCAAGCCCCACUUCAAGUACAUUGUCGAGGGCGCCAACCUCUUCAUCACGCGCCAGGCGCGCCUCGAGCUCGAGAAGCGCGGCGUCGUCCUGUACCCGGACGCCAGCGCCAACAAGGGCGGCGUCACGUCGUCGUCGCUCGAGGUGCUGUGCGGCCUCAGCCUGACGGACGCCGAGUACGUCGACAGCAUGCUCUUCAAGGACGGCAAGCCCACCAACUUCUACCUCAGCUACGUGCGCGACAUCCAGACCAUCAUUUCCAAGAACGCCGCCGCCGAGUUCGAGGCCAUCUGGACCGAGCACCAGCAGACGGGCAAGCCGCGCUCGCAGAUCUCGACCGAGCUCUCGACGACGCUCAACAAGCUCUCGGAGGAACUCGAGGCCACCGACCUCUUCUCCAACGUCGAGCUGCGCAGGGCCGUCAUGACGCACGUCUUCCCGCCGACGCUCGUCAAGAAGGUCGGCCUCGACACGCUCAUUGGCCGCAUCCCCGAGGCCUACGCCCGCUCGGCCUUUGCCGCCAAGGUGGCCGCCAGCUUCGUGUACGCGCGCGGCCCCAACGCCAGCCACGUCGACUUCUACAAGCACAUCUCGAGCCUCCUCUCGGCGCCCCAGUGA